UCGAUUUUUGUUUCCGGCUAAGCGGCAAAAUGGUUCAACGCUUGACUUUGAGGCGACGUCUGUCCUACAACACCCGCUCCAACAAGAGGCGCAUUGUUCGCACUCCUGGUGGCCGUCUGGUGUACCAGUACGUCAAGAAGAAUAAGACUGUGCCGCGUUGCGGACAGUGCAAGGAAAAGCUUAAGGGCAUCACUCCUUCCCGCCCCAGCGAGCGUCCGCGUCUGUCCAAGCGCCAUAAGACCGUGAGCCGCACCUACGGAGGUGUCCUGUGCCAUGGAUGCCUGCGUGAGCGCAUUGUUCGUGCUUUUCUCCUCGAGGAGCAGAAGAUUGUCAAGGCUCUGAAGACCCAGCAUGAUACCCUGGUUAAGCCAGUUAAGAAGGUGGAGAAGAAGCCCGUGAAGGCUGCUACCAAGAAGCCUGCUGGCAAGACUGCUGGCAAGACCGCUGGUAAGACCGCUGGUAAGACCGUUGGCAAACCUGGUGCCAAGGCCGCCGGAAAGAAGCCCGCCCCUAAGGGACCCAUCAAGACCAAGAAGUGAGAUGAAACAUCUACGUAACCCACCAAGCUAAUGGGCAAAGCUUCAUUGUAAAAUAAACUGCAAACUAGACAAACAAAACUAAA